GCUUUCUCUCUCUUCUUUUCUUCUUAUACGUGGUUUUAUUUUAUUUUUUUCCUUUGCCAUAUCAAAAAAACACAACACAAACUCUAAUUUCUCCAAACCUUAACAUUCUCAAAACCACAACACUUUCAUUUUCUCUUCACCUUGUUCUUUCUUAACAACUUUUUUUUAUUUUACUUUUUCUCAUUUUCUGCUAUGAAAUUCUAGCUUAUGAAGCCAUUUUCAAUAAAGGGUCGCACCCGGUUUCGUGCCGCAGAAUCUCUAGCACAGUAGAAAUUAUUUUUUUAAUUAUUUUGUUUUGAAUUAGUGUCUCUUUUCCAAUGACAAGAAGGUGGGUGCACUUUGUUCAAAUUUAUUCAUCAUAAAGUAAUGAACUUUGUUACUGGGCUAUUUUGAUUUGAUGCUAAAGAAAGUGCUGAAGAUUUGUUCAAUGUAUUGUUGAUAAUGCAUUCCUGACAAAGCUUUGUUAAGAUCUGAUCAAGGUGGAAUAUCUUGUUGCUUUAUUUUUUUCAGGGCCAGACUGGUUGAAAUUGAUUAAGACUUUUCUUGUUUUGUAACUUAAGUUAUCUUGGGGAAUGACUAUGGUCCAAUAAUUUAAGAUGGAUUGAAGAAUCAACAGCAUAUUGGAUCAAUGGUAAAAGCAAUAGUAUCUGUGCUGUUGAUUGCCUCUAUCCUCUUGUGUGUAUCUGCAACAACAGAUAAUGAAUUUCCUAGAUGUAAUUGUGAUGAUGAGACCAGUUUCUGGACUAUUGAGAGUAUUUUGGAGUGUCAAAGAGUUGGUGAUUUCUUGAUUGCUGUGGCCUACUUCUCAAUCCCUCUUGAGCUGCUUUAUUUUGUCAGUUGCUCGAACGUCCCUUUCAAAUGGGUCCUUGUUCAGUUCAUUGCUUUUAUAGUACUAUGUGGAUUGACACAUUUUUUGAAUGGUUGGACUUAUGGUCCUCACACUUUUCAGCUUAUGGUGGCACUUACCAUCUUUAAGAUUCUCACCGCCUUGGUGUCUUGUGCAACUGCGAUAACACUUGUCACUUUGAUUCCUUUGCUUCUCAAAGUGAAGGUCAGGGAAUUCAUGCUCAAGAAAAAGACAUGGGAUCUUGGACGGGAGGUUGGUCUUAUUAUGAAGCAAAAGGAGGCUGCAAUGCAUGUAAGAAUGCUUACUCAAGAGAUUCGGAAAUCCCUCGAUAGACAUACUAUUCUGUAUACUACUUUGGUGGAGCUUUCGAAAACAUUAGGUUUGCAAAAUUGUGCUGUGUGGAUGCCAAAUGAAGAAAAGACAGUGAUGAAUCUCACUCAUGAAUUGAACGCAAGGAACUUGGAUAUUUCUAUACCGAUUACUGAUCCAGAUGUUGUAAAAAUUAAGGGAAGCAAUGGAGUGAAUAUACUUAGCUCUGAAUCAGCGCUUGCUGUUUCCAGUGUUGGUGUUUCUGGUGACGCAGGUCCGGUUGCUGCAAUUCGAAUGCCAAUGUUACGUGUUUGUAAUUUUAAAGGAGGAACACCUGAGCUAACUCAGGCUUGUUAUGCAAUAUUGGUCUUGAUUCUUCCGGCCGAAGAACCUAGAUCUUGGAGCAAUCAGGAGCUGGAGAUAAUUAAGGUGGUUGCUGAUCAGGUCGCCGUGGCUCUAUCACAUGCUGCAAUUCUUGAAGAGUCUCAACUCAUGAGAGAGAAGUUGGAAGAACGCAAUCGAGCUUUGCAACUGGCGAGAAGGAAUGCUAUGAUGGCAAGCCAGGCAAGAAACUCAUUUCAGAAAGUCAUGAGUGAUGGUAUGAGGAGGCCUAUGCACUCGAUUUUGGGAUUGCUUUCAAUGAUACAAGACGAUAAUUUAAAGAAUGAACAGAAGCUUAUUGUGGAUGCAAUGUUAAAGACGAGCAAUGUCCUAUCAAACUUGAUAAAUGAUGCCAUGGACAGCUCUGCAAAGGAUGAUGGAAGAUUUCCUUUGGAGAUAAGGUCUUUUGGGUUACAUUCCAUGAUAAAAGAAGCAGCGUGCCUUGCCAAAUGCAUGUGUGUUUAUAAGGGCUUGGGUUUUAUGGUUGAGGUUGAUAAGUCUUUACCAAACCAUGUUAUGGGUGAUGAGAGGAGGGUUUUUCAGGUGAUUUUGCAUAUGGUUGGGAAUCUACUGGAUUGUAACCAUGGGGAAGGGGGGAUCCUAGUAUUUCGGGUUUCGGCAGAUGCUGGAAGUCAAGGGAGGAAUGAAAAAGGAUGGGCAACCUGGAGACCAAGCUCAUCUAGCGGUGAUGUAAAUAUUAGAUUUGAGAUAGGGAUCAACGGUAGUGAUUCUGAAGUUGGGAGCUCAGUGUCCUCAGGUCCUGGGGGUCGGACAUAUACCAGCGAUAGAUAUGAGGGCAGAUUGAGCUUUAGUAUUUGCAAGAGGAUAGUCCAGUUGAUGCAAGGAAACUUAUGGUUGGUACCAUAUACUCACGGUAUUCCUCAAAGCAUGACACUUCUUCUUCGGUUUCAAUUACGGCCUUCCAUUGCAAUAGCCAUCUCUGAACCCGGAGAAUCUUCAGAACGCAACUACUCAAAUUCAUUGUUGAGAGGUCUGCAAGUUCUGUUGGUUGACAACGACGAUGUAAAUAGAGCAGUGACACAAAAACUGCUUCAGAAACUAGGUUGUUCCGUGACUUCCGCUUCUACAGGAUUCGAAUGCCUUACUGUCAUUGGACCUGUCGGAUCUUCCAUUCAAGUCAUUCUUUUGGAUCUCCAAAUGCCUGAUAUAGAUGGAUUCGAAGUCGCCGCAAGGAUUCGGAAGUUUAAAAGCGGAAAUAGGCCUAUAAUUGUUGCCUUGACUGCAAGUGCAGAAGAAGAUUUGUGGGAAAAGUGUAUGCAGAUUGGUGUUAAUGGAGUAAUCCGAAAACCGGUUUUGAUGCAAGGAAUUGCUAGUGAACUCAGAAGAAUUCUGAUGCAGGGAAAUCUUUGAAAAAUGGAUGGUGCAAGUUAAAAAAAUCACUACAGCAUCUAGUAAUUAAUUAAAGUUAUUUGAAGUCACAUUCUUGUUCUUGGUAGAAAUUUAUAGAACACAGUUCUCUUUGGCUCUACCUUGCUACCAAUUUUCCACGUAGAGAUGUCAUACAUAAGAAGAAAAAAUGUUACACAGAUUAGUUUCUUUCUUUCUUUCAACGUGUUCAAGUUAUUGUUGUGUAUGUAGUUUUCAAAUCUAAUAUAAUCAGAAGAAUGGAAAAGAAAAAUUAAAAUUAGAAAAUAUAA